AUGGCGUCUAUUUUCUAUAUUUCUUCAACGAUGCCAGUAUAUGGUUCACAAGUGCCUAGAUUUUAUUGUAAAGAAGACAAUACAAAUGAUCCACAACAAUCAAUUGGUUUUGCUUUAUUCUCAUAUAGUAUUAUGCUUCAUCCUUCUACUGGCAUCUCCCACCAUUUUUUCAACUUUAUAAAUGCAAACUUAUAA